AAAUAAAAAGUAAAAAAACAAGUGCAUUAAUUUACCUUGAUCUAGAAAUCAACAACUUCCAGCUUCUGGUAAGCCGGUGGCUUCUGAAAUGUUCUUUUGAGUAGUCAGGGAUUUUCAUAAUAUAAAUAGGACAAUGGAGAUAUCGAUAGACGAUGCUCAAAAAUGUUCUAUUUGUCUGGACAGUUUUAAAUGUCCAAAGAUGUUGCCUUGUAAACACACUUUUUGUAAGCGGUGCAUCUCAGGUUACCAAAGAAAGUACAAGUCAGAUGACGAAUUUCGGUGCCCACUUUGCAGAACCGUGAUGGUGUUACCGGAAAACGGUGUUGCGGGAUUCUGGGAUAAUUAUUUCAUCCGGGACAUUUUCCCUGAACGCGUCUGUGACGUCUGCAAUGCAGAGGAAGAUGACGUAGAUGAUUGCGAUUAUUGUGACAAGUAUCUGUGCUCCUUCUGUGCACCUGUACAUAUAUGCAAAAGACCUAGCAAAGAAAUAAAGAGACAAAGGCGUCCAUCAUUUUCUUCUUUUCUGGAUUCGGACACGGACUGGGACUCUUCCAGUGUUUCUGAGACGAACUCUGUAUCUAGUGAUAGUGAAGACGAGCCAGUUCCCGUUGAAUUGCGUAAACAUGGACCAACAACUAUCGUGAAGACUGUUUCCAUGAGAAUUGGUGUCCAGGUAGCAGAAGAGGAGUGUAUAUCGUCUAUAUUUCAAGUAUCAGAGGACGUAUCUGCAUUUCUAACAUUUGGUGGCUCUAUCUGUCGCGUUUUUGACACGCGGAAUGGUUUGGUCUUGAGUGAAAAUCCGAUUGUUGAUGGCGCUACAGAUCUUUGUGGUUCAGGGGAUGGAACAAUAUUUUCCUUAAUACGGAAUUGUUCUUUAGUUAUGAAAACGACGUUUAAUAGCACCGAUGUGUCCGUGAUUUCUAUUAAGGAUUGCGACCCUCUGAAAAUAUGCUCCAUUCAGCAGGAUCGAAUUCUUGUUUUGGGGAUGGGAAACCGGUCAACUCUUAUUGGACAGGUUUUAGACAAUGCCGGCAAGGAACUUGACAAAUUUGAUUUAAAAGUGGAAUCCUACCCUCAUUCUCUUGCUGUUAAUGAUAGUUGUUCUGUUAUGUGUAUACUGUAUGCAGAAAUAAAUUUUGUAGAUAUCAGGGGCAUGGAUGGACAUUUAAUCAAAAGAUACUCCGGAUGCACUUUAGAGCAAAUCGAAGAAGAAUUCAAGCCACUUUCAGUCACAUCAUUCGCAGAUGACAGUUUUCUUGUGUUGAACGGGACAACUAAAACUUUACACAUUAUUUCACCAACAGGUGUCUUCAUGGGACUCGUCAUUUGUGAAGACUGUGAAAGUCCAUGCAGUAUUUAUACAGACAAUACCAGUAAGAUUUGGAUAGGGGACAGUAAUGAUGGUACCAUAAAAGCCUUUGCCGUGGAUACAUAUUGGAAUGUAUUUCCUGGUCCAGAAAAUAAUAUAGAGAGAUUGAUACGAAAUAAGGAAGAUAAUGGAUAUCGGAGACCACUUUACUUGCAUCGAAAACCCUCUCUAUUCGGCUCUAGACGUAGGAUUGACCCAUUCCUUAGCUUUUCUCGGAGAUUUAGAGAUUCGUCUGAGGAAGAAGAAGAAUUUCCUUUUACAUAAGAAUGUCUUCUAUGGUAUUUUCGCUUCUCUUUCGUAAAUUCUUGAAAGUAAAAUUUAAGUAAAUUCUUACAUUGCCUGUGUAUAAAGACACGAACCGAAGUUGUGCAUUUUCUCAUUUUCAUAAUAGUAAACACUGUACAGUGUUUUAUGGUACAAUGCAUUUCAAGGCUGUUUAUACGUCCUAUAUGGCACAUUCAUGUAGAGGAUUCCAAAUUCUUAAAUUUUCUUAUAAAACAUAUCAAGCCAAUAAGUAUUUGGAAAUUCUCCUAUACUCGAUCUGUUUGGGUUGGCAUUAUGGAUGCUAAGGUCAUCCUUAUAAAUCAAUGUUUGUUUGUCUUCGAUCCCCCGGCUAAGGAUAAAAAUUAUUGAGUCGGUAGGUGGGUGGGAAAAUCUUUUUUCCAGAAAAUUUCAACAUAUUUGUUGACGGGAUAAGAAUAAAAAGAAAAAUAUCGUGUCCUGUAGUGUUAUAAAAACGCUUAGAGUCCAGCCUUUUUUAGUCAGUCGGUCGGGAGAGGGCAACCAAACAUUUUUUAAAGAUGAUCUAACGUUUUUUCCCAGUAAAGUUUAUAUAAUUAUAUAGCAUGUACAUGUACAAAGUGCUGUUGUUCAAAAAAUAAUUGCAAUUUAAGCCAUGUCUUUAUUAUUUUCAUACCAUAUGUAACAUGAAAAGAAUGUCAUAGGAAAUGGUAUUUUUAUAUAUGCAAUUGUGUUUUCUUAAUCUUAUAUCCAUUCAAUUCAUAGCUUAUUCAAUCAAAUAAAAAUAUACACAGUGUAUAUUACGAAUACAUGUCAAGGAAGCCGUAGAAAAGUUUCAAGUAGUGUCCGUGCACGAAUAAUCAUUUUUAAAAAUAUUUUUCCAGAUUGGACCUUCGACUGAAAAGUUAAAGAUAUAUUAUCAUUUCAUAUAAAAUCCAUAGAAUUGUGUUAAUCAAACUUAACUAACCAAAUCAAAAAAGACUUAUGUCUUUUGUUAUUUUAACAUGUUUGCUCAUGGCUCAAAAACAUUCAGAUUUGUGAGUGGUAUUGAACAUGAAGUAUGAUGGUAUCACAGAACUCUGCUUAAGAUUAAUAAAUAAAUACAUGUAAAUAAAUCCAAGUAAAUUCCAAUCAUUCACAAGUUAUUUUCAACUUCUUCAGUUGUUUUAUCUAUUGUUUCUUGCAUCGUCUUCCUCACUUUUUGUACAAAGUCAUCGAGGUCAUUUAAGGUAAGUCCUUUUGUAGGAAUGGGCGGAAGACACGUCACAAUAA